CACCUGUUGCCUACUGGGAAGGAUGACCAGACUAUUUUGUGGCCUCACAAAGGCCACACUUCCCUAGAACUCUCUUGUGUACACUCAGCUGUCUAGGGAGGUGUCAGGGGCAUUGGAUCUCACCUCUCCUUCAUUCUGAGGUUCAGCGUAAUUACAACCUCUCCAAUAGAUGGAAGUCAGCUGACAGGAAAAGAUACCAAAGGCCUCCAAGAGGGAACUCUCCUUAGGGAAAGUCGGAAGAGUGAGGAGCUGGACAUCAUGCCAGGAAGCAGAGUUUGUGCUACUGUCCUCUGCCCCCUACAACCACCUGGACACAGCAGAUUUCUUAGGUUUGGGAACAAUGGGUGCAGAUGGGACUGUAGUUUUCAAAACUGCCCCUUUGGGAACUCAAGGACCGUGCAUCCCAUACUGAGGUGUCUGCAGCCAUCUGAACUACCUUCACAGCAUCAGAGAAAAGAUCCUUUGGAUUUGUAAAACCAGUUUGCACUUUUGCCACAAUUGAAUCUGAACCCUAAGACUUCCCUGUGCACUGGCAGAUUUUCAUUUCACUUUCAGUAGCUAUUUGAAAGCAGAAAGGCCUCUUUGGACUGAAAAAAAAAAAAAAAAGCAACCGAGUUACCUGAGAACAAAUGUGAAGUAGCCGCUGAGGUGAGGCCUCUCAGAAAAACUGGAUUUCCAGCUCACCUGAUGUAAGAAGCUUGAAAGGUUUUCAUUUGAAGGGAUAAGAUAUUUGAUAUUUAAUUUAUUUGACUUCAAAUUGGUUAUGCUGAUUUUAGCAGUUUUUCAAGUCACCGAAGCCAUGUUCAUUUACAUAAACAGAUGACUGAUGACUUUUCUGCCAAAACUUGGGAAAUAUUAGUUGGUUAUGAAGGAACACUUGUCAGCAAAAUACCCAACAAAACAAAAAAACAAAAGCAAAAACAAAAAUAUCCCAUACAAUUGCUUGAAGCAUAGUAAGUCCUCAAUAAAUAGUAUCUAAGUAAUUUAUCAAGAAUUGGGCAGUUGGUUCUGGUUAUCAGUUAACAAAAAAAAAAAAAAAUCUAGUAUAGGUUUACCAGCUUUAGGUUAGCACCUAAAAACUGCACAAUCGGAGUCAUAGCUACAAUUUGGGUUUUGUCAAAACAGUACUGUCGAAUAAAUGGGAGAACGGAGAAAAAAAGCUAAAUGGGAAACCGUGAAUGAAUGGAGAAUGAAAGAAGAAAAAGGCAAAAUAAAGAGAGAAGUCAUUUUUAAAAAUUUAGAGGUGAAAGGGCAAGCAGGAGAAAAGAACCUUAAAUGAAAAAGAAGAUGCAAUAUCCGAUGCUCCAGAGCGGGUCAGGACCAGGCCAGGCCUGGCAGAGCCUCGCAGGGCGCAGCUCGGGGCGGGGCCCGAAGCAGCCACGCCCCCUCAAGAACGGAGUUUUAAAAGGCGGAACUUCCUGUUGCGAGUAGCCCCUCUACCUCCGGAAGAGCCGAGCGUGGUAACCGCGGGCACAGAGCUAGCCAGGACGCCCUCUGACUCGAGAUAUUUGUUAAAUAUUUCAGAAGAUGGCUGAUCCUUGGCAGGAAUGCAUGGAUUAUGCAGUAACUCUAGCAAGACAAGCUGGAGAGGUAGUUUGUGAUGCUCAAAAAAAUGAAAUGAAUGUUAUGCUCAAAAGUUCUCCAGUUGAUUUGGUAACUGCUACAGACCAAAAAGUUGAAAACAUGCUUAUCUCUUCCAUAAAAGAAAAGUAUCCAUCUCACAGGUUCAUUGGUGAGGAGUCUGUGGCAGCCGGGGAAAAAAGUGUCUUAACUGACAACCCCACAUGGAUCAUUGACCCUAUUGAUGGAACAACUAACUUUGUACACAGAUUUCCUUUUGUAGCUGUUUCAAUUGGCUUUGCUGUAAAUAAAAAGAUAGAAUUUGGAAUUGUAUACAGUUGUAUGGAAGAUAAGAUGUACACUGCCAGAAAAGGAAAAGGUGCCUUUUGUAAUGGUCAGAAACUACAGGUUUCACAACAAGAAGAUAUUACCAAAUCACUCUUGGUGACUGAGUUGGGCUCUUCCAGAACACCAGAGACUGUAAGAAUUGUUCUUUCUAAUUUGGAAAAGCUUUUUUGCAUUCCUGUUCAUGGGAUCCGGAGUGUUGGAACAGCAGCUGUUAAUAUGUGCCUUGUGGCAACUGGAGGAGCAGAUGCAUAUUAUGAAAUGGGAAUUCACUGCUGGGAUGUCGCAGGAGCUGGGAUUAUUGUUACUGAAGCUGGUGGUGUGCUGAUGGAUGUUACAGGUGGACCAUUUGAUUUGAUGUCACGAAGAGUAAUUGCUGCAAAUAAUAGAAUAUUAGCGGAAAGAAUAGCCAAAGAAAUUCAGGUAGUACCUUUGCAACGAGAUGAUGAAGAUUAAUUACAGCAGCCUCAUAGUCAAUUGCAGAUGCUUCUCCCUAGAUUUGGUGACUCACCGAUGGAUAUGUGUUUCAAGAGUAUGAUAACGCGUGGUUUAAAUUCUCUUUUUCCAGGUUGAAAAUUUGGCACUUGUUCCAUAUUUUACUAUGACUAGGUUUGUAAGAAUUGACAUAAUGUUUGUUUCAUUGAUUUAAAAAAAUGUGUAUGUUAGAAUGUAGUUUAGGGAACAUACCCAGGAAGUAUAGUUGAUAAGUCUAACAUCAGCUGAAAUAGUCAAUUUGGUGUUUCUAAAUAUCUGUGGUCCUCUGAAAUUUUGACUUACUUUAUAGGUGCAGAGACACCCACUUAGAAAGUUAACUGUUUGGAAAAAAAUUUCUCUUUAGUUUUAAGAACCAUAUAUAAUUAAAUUUGUAAGGAUAUACUGAAUACUUCCUAGGCCAACAUUUUUUUCUUUGCAGAGAACCUUUUUAGUUUUAUUCUUCAGGAUUCAUAUAACACCUGGCCCAUUACAUACAUAUCUAGGCAACUAAAACAUUGUAUGAAUGAAUAUUUUUAAGGUAGUAAUUCCUAGUUGUUACAAUAGAUACAUAAAGUAAUGAGAUCAGCAUUCUGUAUUUUUGCUCCAGGCUUGAAGUAAAAGUUAUCUAGUUAAAUUUUUUAUAUUUUACAUUACCAUGCCAUUUCACAUUACCGUACAGCCAGAUAGCAUUGCUUAUUGUGGGCAUUUAUGCAGUGAAUACGUUUUCCAAAACAGUUAAGUUGUCUAUUUGGAUUUGCUUUAAAGUUCUGCGUAAAAGAGAAGAAACUAUUUCUAUAAUAAAAAGCACUCUCAUCAGAUAUCAGACAUAAUUAGAUAGAACAUUUAACUAAAUCCAGUAUUCAUGUUUUAAAGGUGUUUACACUGAUUUGACUAUGCUGGCAAAUAUACUGUAUUGUUAAUAUUGAACUAUUUAUUUUUCUCUUAGUCUCUUUAUUUAAUUCACUUCAUUGCUGCUGGAUUCUCUUCAGCCUUUAAAAAUAUUUCUUAGUGGUUUGUUGCCCUGCAGAACUCAGAAAGAAAAUUGUACUGGUUCGUAGACAUUUUAAAAGGGUUAAUUUAUUGUUCAGCCUUAUCCCUUGGCAUGUGAACAGAGUACUAGGCUUAUUGUAGGUUCAUAUGAGCUUUGUGCUGUAAAAUGAAAAGUGCUUCUAUAAAGUUUUUAAGGUAGGGAGUGAUUUUAUUAUUGUGUAUAUCUAAUAAAUAUGUGUGAUACUAAGGUUUGAGUGCUAUUAUUUUGUACUGUUGAUCACAACACUUAAAACAUCUGAUACUGUAUUAUUCUAGGACACUUUUUUCAAUUACAUUUAUUUUAAUUAAAAUGAUCAUGAAUAAAAUUUUAAAUUAAUUGAUAUUUU